AUGUAUCUCUUCAUUUUAUUGUUACUUUUAGCAACACGGGGUUUUGCUUCCCCCGCCUUUCGUAAGAGAGUUGUCGCUUCUCUUGAUCAGACUGCCUUUGAGGAAGCACAACAACGGGACGAUACUGCAACGAGAGCUUUCACAUCGGUUCCAAUCACAACUUCGUCAGGGCAGUGUCUCUUCGUGGAUGAACUUUCCGGUGACUUCAGAGCGAACUUGACACCAAUUCAAAUAGCUGCCUGUGAUGGCAGUACGGGGCAGCUUUGGGACGUUCUCACUAGUGGAAAACACAACAAUGUAGCAGGUAGUAUGCUAGUUGUCAAUACUUUGACCCAAGCUUGUUUAAACUUUGAUCCUCGCCGUGCGGCGGGCAAUACUGUCAUCAUGUUUUCUUGCGGUGGUCGGGCCGACGGAGAUGGGCUUGUCACAAACUCCCAGCUCUUCCCAUUCAAUGAGACUUCCGGCCCACUUACUCUUACUCCCGAAAAUGCCCCAGGCACCUGUUUAUCUGUUACUACUGCGAACGUUCUCGAUCAGGCUCCCUGUGAUGAAUCCGAUUCUAGCCAAACAUUUACUUUCGGUGCCUCAAGUGCCUCCGCCGAUCCAGCAGUCGCUAGCUCUGUUGCGCCAGUGGCCUCAGAUGCAGCAGGUUUUUCAUCGUUGCCAACUCCUGCUUCUUCAUCAUCAGUGGUCAUCACUGCAGCUGCCUCCGCUGUACCGACAAGCGAUUCAACGACCCCUCUUUCCGUCUCCCGUGCUGGAGGUGUACUCAAUCCUUCCGCCGCAGCUGAAGCCAACGAAAUGGAUAAUACUGCCGUAAAGGCUUUUUCGUCCGUCGCUUUGAAAGAUGCAUCUGGUCAGUGUCUAUUCGUUGAUCCAACUGCGGGCGACUUUAGACAGAAUUUGAUUCCAAUCACUCUACAAACAUGUGAUGGAAGUCAAAACCAAGCUUGGGAUAUUGUUACAAGUGGAAAGCAUAAUAACGUAGCCGGCUCGGUGCUUGUAGUUAGCAGCUUGACUCAAGGAUGUCUUAACUUUGACCCGAGAAGAGCUGCUGGCGAUACAGUUAUUAUGUUCUCUUGCGGGGGAAGAGCCGAUGGCGAUGGUUUGGUGACAAACUCGCAACUAUUCCCUUUCAUAGAAGGCCAAACAGACAUUUUACUUGCCCCUGAAAAUGGGAAUAAUGCAACCUGCCUUGUAGCAAACGCUGAUGGAAAGCUAGACUCGACUACUUGUGCUGGUGACGCUACAAGCCAAUCAUUCACUAUUUUGACAAUUUAG